CAAUUACUGUGAGAGGGAAGAUUUCAGUGUGAUGCUGUUGGAUGAGAGCCGCUCCUAUCUCACCGGCCGCUGACUGAGACCGGCGUUUCUGGGGGGGGUUCUGCUGCUGACUGGCUGCUCCCUCAGCACGGGGCUGUGGAGGGGUUGACUGGAGCUGACAUCCAGGAUCCAGGCUGGCUGCUGCGCCGUCUCACCGGAAACCAAGAUGACCGUUCCCAUGCUGAAGAUCGGAGCGGUGCUGAGCACCAUGGCCAUGGUGACCAACUGGAUGUCCCAGACUCUGCCUUCUCUGGUGGGACUGAACGGGACGGCCAUCUCCAGAGGGGGCACCUCUGAGAGGAUCGUCAGUGGUUUGUUCCCGAGCCCCGAGGAAGGUUGGCAGAUUUAUAGCUCGGCACAGGACGCAGAUGGGAAGUGUAUCUGUACCGUGGUCGCGCCCGCCCAGAACAUGUGUAACCGGGACCCCCGCAGCAGGCAGCUCCGGCAACUCAUGGAGAAGGUUCAGAACAUCAGUCAGUCCAUGGAGGUGCUGGACCUGAGGACCUACAGAGAUUUGCAGUACGUCAGGAACACCGAGGGUCUGAUGAAGGUGGUGGACGGGAAGCUGAAGGUGGCGUCGGAAAACCCUCGGAGUUUAAACCCAAAAGGUUUUCAGGAGUUGAAGGAAAAAGUGACCCAGCUGCUCCCCCUGCUGCCAGUGCUGGAACAGUACAAAACCGACGCCAAGAUGAUCUUACGUCUCCGAGAGGAAGUUCGGAAUCUGUCGCUGGUGCUGAUGGCCAUCCAGGAGGAGAUGGGGGCGUACGACUACGAGGAGCUGCGGCAGCGGGUUCUGCUUUUGGAAACAAGACUUCACUCCUGCAUGCAGAAGCUUGGAUGCGGCAAGCUGACGGGCGUCAGUAAUCCCAUCACCGUGCGAGCGUCGGGGUCGAGGUUCGGCUCCUGGAUGACAGAUACGAUGAUCCCCAGCUCAGACAACAGAGUCUGGUCCAUGGACGGUUACUACAAGGGCCGUCGUGUGUUGGAGUACCGCACCAUGAACGACUUCAUGAAGGGCCAGAACUUUGUGCAGCACUUACUGCCCCACCCCUGGGCCGGCACGGGUCACGUGGUCUACAACGGCUCCCUCUACUACAACAAGUACCAGAGCAACAUCAUCAUCAAGUACCACUUCCGCUCCCGGAGCGUCCUGGUGCAGCGCAGUCUGAGCGGAGCCGGAUACAACAACACUUUCCCCUACUCCUGGGGCGGCUCCUCCGACAUCGACCUCAUGGCGGAUGAAAACGGCUUGUGGGCGGUUUACACCACCAUUCCGAACGCCGGGAAUAUCGUCAUCAGCCGGCUGGAGCCGCAGAGUCUGGAGGUGCUGCAGACGUGGGAUACGGGAUUUCCCAAGCGCAGCGCCGGGGAGUCCUUCAUGAUUUGCAGCACGCUUUACGUCACCAACUCCCACCUGGCUGGGGCCAAGAUUUACUUUGCUUACUACACCAACACCUCCACUUACGAGUACACAGAUAUUCCAUUCCACAAUCAAUACUCGCACAUCUCCAUGAUGGACUACAACCCCCGGGAGAGGGUCUUGUACACCUGGAACAAUGGACACCAGGUGCUCUACAACGUCACACUGUUCCAAGUCAUUAAGACUUCUGGAGACUAAGGACCAGCAGACUGACUCUUCAAUGCUGUUAUCGUCGUUUGGGAAGGUGACACGGAGCCGGGCAGA